CAAAUCAAUUCAAUCUCUUCUCAGUUCAAUUUGAUCUCUGAAAAAUGUCUGGCCGUGGAAAGGGAGGCAAGGGUUUGGGAAAGGGAGGAGCAAAGCGUCAUCGGAAAGUUCUCCGUGAUAACAUUCAGGGAAUAACUAAGCCGGCGAUUAGGAGGUUGGCGAGAAGAGGUGGAGUGAAGAGAAUCAGUGGAUUGAUCUAUGAAGAAACAAGAGGUGUUUUGAAGAUCUUUUUGGAGAAUGUGAUUCGUGAUUCUGUGACUUACACUGAACAUGCUAGGAGAAAGACUGUUACUGCAAUGGAUGUUGUUUAUGCUUUGAAGAGACAAGGAAGAACUCUUUACGGGUUUGGUGGUUAAUUUCGUAUGUAUUUGCCAUUGAAUCUAGCUGGUGUUUUGCUUAAAUUUCUAUGUAGGUGAAGAUUGUGAGAUUACUAUAACUGGUGAAUUUGUGUAAUGAAAUGAAUCUCAUUAGUAUUUUGGAUUAAA